AUGGAUGUAUUAGCAUCAAUCACGGAGAUGCUGGACAACGACACUUCGGCCUGCAUGAUUCCAGAUGACUCCUCUGCGGACGGCGAGAACACUGAGCUUGGGUAUACAGAAGUGGCUGAGGACGCCUGUAGGGACCAGGAAACUGAACAUGAUGAUGGAGAGGACGAAGUUGCUACUGAGGCUCAGGGCAGUGAUGAGGAUAUUGAAGAGGAGACGCAGGAGGAAGAAGAGGAUGCGGGCUGGCUGGAUGAUAUUACUGUGGACUCCGUCCCUCAGCAGACUCUUUCGACUAGCCGGAUCGCUGUUGUCUCUUCUGCUGAGACACAUUAUUCUCGGUUUAUUGCCAGCCUUUCAGACGACUGCCUUUCUGCCCGUAGGGACAAAUCGGUCAGAACAAAUAGACUACAUCCAGCAGACUCAGCAGGCGCCAUAGCCACUUUAUCCCCAUUUGACUAUUCGCCUGAAAUCCACCAACUAACCACUACCUCAUCAUUUGGACAGAUGGCCUUAUCUAUUGUUUCAGUCACCACUUGUUCUGGCUUUCCUAGCGUUGCCACGGCUACGGAUUUGCCGAGUAAGUCAUGCUCGAAGCACGAGGCAAGGGAUGAGGAUCAAGAGAGCGGAGGGAACAUUAGGCUGAAUGAGAAGAGAGUGGGAGAGGAGGAUCUGGAAGCAGAAGAGAAAGAGGAAGAAGAGGAAAAUCUGAUUGAAGUAUGUGCAAUACGAGACAGACCCUCAGAUCGCGAAGAUAGAGCAGGAAGAGAUAUAAGCGAUUUUAGAUAUUUUGUGCAUAAAAAUAAGAGAAAGACGGAGGAUGCAGGCGAGGAAAGUUUAGUGGAAACGGUAUCAGCUCCCGUAAAACCACCUACAGACCUUUACUGGCAGGGGGUUGGCCAUUGUGGCAAACUCCGACCUCGUCGCGACCAGCUUGAGCCCUCUCAGAGCUUAGAAGAGUCAGGCGUCUCUUUGGCAUUUUCAUCCACCACCUCAACGGCUCUCAUCAAUUCAGUCCCUCUCAUGGCCUCCGCUCUGGCCAUUCGCCGGCCAGGUCUUACAGAAAUGUCACCUGUUGUUGGGAUUCGUGGUCAAGAUGAAGAUAGCAAUGAGAAAGAUUCAACCAUCUGUCCUGUAGAGGCAGCCUCAUCUGUAAUUACGAUGACCUCUCCUGGAUUUGCCAAAUGCUAUGCAGAGCCUUCUUAUGCUACGUUACAGGGUGACGGUAUUUCUCAGCUUGAGGAUGGUAAGGCUUUAUUUCCUGUGGUCUUGACAGUUUUUCUUACUUUCAUAUUUAUUAGCUAA